CGCCUACCCUCCCUUCCUCCCUCCUCUCUUUCGGGCCGUGUCAGGCGGCGGCCGCCAGCGUGGGGCGCGGAGGCCUCCUCCCGCCGGGCGUGUCGGGCCCGGCCAGCUGCAGCCGUUAGCGGCCGCGCUCGCUCCCCUCUGCGAGGGGCGGCAGGCAGCGGGAGGCCGCGCCGCCGCUGCGCGGGGCUCACCUGUUGGCCCGGGACGCCCCUCCACCCCCCCCCCCCCCCCCACACACUUCGCCCCGCCGUUGGGAGCGGCCGCCAUGGCGGAGACCGAGGAGAGGAGCCUCGACGACUUCUUCGCCAAGCGGGACAAGAAGAAGCGGAAGGAGAAGAGCAGCCGAGGGGCCGCCGCCGCCGCCGCCUCCUCCUCCUCCUCCAGCGCCUCCAACCCCGCUUCGAACGCCGCGGGGGCGGCCGCGGCGGCGGCCGGGGGAACCCGCCCAGCUGAGGGCAGCGGUUCCGGGGCCGCCUCUUCCAACGCCGGCUCCGCCAAGACGGCGACCAAGGAAGAGGAUGAUUGGAAGGAGUUUGAGCAAAAGGAAGAAAUUGAUUAUAGUGGUCUUAGAGUUCAGUCCAUGCAAAUAAGUGAAAAAGAAGAUGAUGAAAGUGAAAAAAGAGAAGAACCUGGUGACAACUGGGAGGAGACUGGUGGUGGUGUAGACAGAUCAUCUGGUCCUUGGAACAAGUCAGCUCCUGCACCAGCACCUGUCGUUGAACCAAUUGUUACAGAAACCCCAGAACCAGUUCAGACUGGUGGUGUAUACAGGCCACCUGGUGCCAGGGAGGGUGGCAGGCCACGGAGAGCACAGCAAGGACCACCAGAAAUCUAUAGCGAUACGCAGUUUCCAUCACUGCAGUCCACCGCCAAGCUUGUAGACAGUCGGAAGGAUAAAGAAAUGGAGAAGAGCUUUGAAGUAGUAAAACACAAAACUAGAGGUAGGGAUGAGGUCUCAAAAAACCAGGCACUUAAACUUCAGCUAGACAACCAGUAUGCUGUGCUUGGGGAUCAGUAGAGCUGCAUACACAGUACAAUUAAGGAAUGCUUUUUUGGUAACCCUUCUACUAAGGUAACUAAACUACAGCUAACGGCUAUGAUGAACAUGCCACCUUAUUUCUGCUGGAUCUACUGCAGCAAGUGCAGACUACUUUGGCGUAAGUGAUUGGUUCUCCUGCACUAUGGAAGCAUAAUAUGUUACAACUUCUCCAUUGGAUGUGGGGCAAAUUAAUGUAAAUGAUUGAACAAGAGUCAUCAGUGUUCUUUAAUUGCUCAGAAAGAUACCUGCAGCCAGUGGUCAUUUCAAAAUCUUUUUAUGUUCAGAUACUGAGCCUUCGUAAAGGUUGACUACCUCAGACUUGCUGCACUCAUUGUGGACACCAUGUGGAUCACAACUUCUGGAAGAGAAGGUUACAGCUGUUUUAGUGGCCACCUGAAACUUGAAACCAGCUCUACUGGAUUCCUGUCAGAAAUCCUGCAGAAGUCAGCCAUUUGGUUCCAAUUUGCUAUAACAAAGAUUUAAGUGACCUUAAUGACAAACCUAUUCUGUUCCCCUUCUGAGGAAUCCUGUCGUGUAGCCAUAGCCUGCUAGAGACUUCUGGAGCGUACCAUACCACUCAUACUAUCCAAGUAUAACAGAGCUGUAGUUUGUUUACCUUUUUAGAUAGCUGUACUGAAGUAACUGCAAAACAAAUUAAAACUCAUUCAGUAUCAGAUUUGAGGAAUGAUGGGUUUGAAUGGUCUGUUUGUGUUAGCCGUUUUCACAGUUGUCUGUUUAAGCUUUUUUUUUUUUCUAUUCUCCACAAAAAAAAAACAAACCUGCCUUGUUUCUGGUAUCAAAUUGCAGUAUAUUUAAAUAAUGAUGAGAUGUUGUAGUGAAAUAGGGUUUAUUUUGGUUUUCGUCAUGAGGUUUGUCUUUUUCACCCUAAAGCACUAAGACUGACGAGUUUUGAUUUGACACAGAGGUAUCCAGACUCCAACUACAGUCUUCAGAAAUUGUUAAAAAUGAGAUAUGUGGCAGUAGUGAUACUAGAUAAAAAUUUCUCCUCUAUUAAAAAGUUAUUUGCUUGGUGAAGAGUAAUGGUUACUUGAUAACUAAAAUAACUUAGUAUGCAGAGGGAUAACUAGAGCUGGAAAGCCUUAUUUCUUUGGCUACUUCUGUGAAGCAUGCAGGCUUUUUGAGGCAGAAAUUCUCUAACUAAAACUCAUAAAAGGUCUUUAUUCAAAGUCAGGAAGUUUAGUGAUAAUGGAGGGCAGUGACUUCUUUAAGUUGUCAUCUCUGACUUAAUUUAGUGGCAGUAGGCAAAAUGGCACUGAUACACUAAGAAUAUAGGACAUUGCCUGUAACUUUGAUUCGAUGAACGAAACCUGUCAAGUACCAAAAGUGUCCUGCUGUAACUGUUUUUGUCUUCUCUGAAUUGUUACACCAGAAGCAAAAUGAAAUAUGAUAGUGGUGUGCUCCAGUGUUGAGGUUUCUCAGAGUAAAUGCCAAAAAAUAGACCCAAUAUCUAUAAGAGUUGCCAAUGGCAAGAAAAACAAGGGAACAAAACAAAACUUGCUUAUGUGUGUGGGAGUAGUGUGUAUGUGCAGAAGAUGAGGGUAGUGCAGGAAUUGCCUGGUUGGGUUCCCUUUGACUAACCGCUGACUCGCUUUAAAUCGACUUCUCUAAGGCCAAUGGGAAUUUUGCUGUUGACUUCAGUGGGGCUGGGGUUUCACCUGGUUCUUUUGUGCACAGACUAGAACUGGCCUUGCCCUUGCAGAGUUAACUGUCUCUAAAACUUCUGCUAGAAGCUGCUAUUAAAGAGAGGGCUCAUGAGACUGUUCUUAAAAUUGGAGACUUCAUUUGGAAACAAAACCCCAUUGAAAGACUGAUACCAAUACCUUGGACUCUGAGCCAUGUAUCUUCCUUGAAAGUAACAUUUUUGCCAGCAAAACUGUUGAUUUGUCACUAAAGAUUUCUGUGGAAUUCAUGGUAAAUGGACAUGUCACUUGAUGCGGUAGAAACGUGAAGUCUUAAAACACUUUUCCUGAUGCUCUAAAGUGAUUGAGAUCACCAAUGCACAUGAAUCAAGUUUUAGUCUACUGUAUGAAGGGUAGAUGAGACUGUCCAUUGUACCGUCUUUAUUUGAGGUUUUGGGCAUGAAUUCUGGCAGUUCAAGAAAACCCUGUAACAGUUUCAAAUCAAAUAAAAUGGAAAUAUACAUGGAUUCUGGAGUCUAAUGAAUCUUUACCUUUAGUUCUAGCUUAUGACUGUACAACAGCUAAGGAAACACAGAGCAUUUGGAUCUCUUAAGGGACAGGCCGUGGAGUGGGUAGUCAGCCUUAUGGUCAGGUGGGCUAUGUUUGAGAGCUUAUAGCAGUGCAUAUGAGUAUGGCUUUUAUUUAUACAUAGAAGUUUAGUUUGCUACCUGUCAGUGUCUUCUUACUCCCACCAUCUAGGACUGGUUUGAGAUUGUGAAUUAAGUACGAAUGAAGCUUUGAUUUGCUUUUCACUUGGUAGUAGCUCUGCUAAAUUAAAGAAUAGAAAAAAAAAAAAAACCCAAAAACCAAACAAAAAAGCCCCUCUGGAUGGUUACUGUCACUGGAGUCCAUCAGCUACUGAUAACUAGAGGUGUUAUUUUGGGGGCUUUUCUUAAGCAUAUCAUUCCACGUUCUUUCUAGAGGCAUAAAGGAAAAAAAAGCAGAAAUGCAGCAGUUUCCAUAGUACAGAAUGUUAAACUAAUUUAAAGUGUUUCUAGUGUUAAAUACCGCUGCCAGCAACUAUCAAAAUGCCAGUUGUCAGUAUCUUCCUUGUAACAAUUAAUUGUUCUGCAUGCCUGAAAUUUUCAAAGUCAGUCCUCUGUGGAAGCUCAGUAUGCUUUUGCGACUCUGAAGUCCAACUUCAUCUGGUUUGUUAUUGCAUUCAUUCCAGGCAUGCUAAGAAUGUCCACUUCAUUCCUUCAAAAUCCUUGUUGAAGGCUCAUUCCAUAAGUGAAGGAUUGUCAGUUGUAGAAACGAGAUUCUUGGUACCAGUCAGUGAAAUGCAGUUGUGUGCCGCUUCAGGAACUUCCUAACCUAACCUGUAACAUGCUUUUAUGGUGGUUAGUUAUUAACUUCCAAUUUAAAGGUUCCAUUUUACUGUCUCUGGCUUAAAAUAAAAACACAGGCAUAUAGUAGAACAUUUAAAUGUCUAGUACUUACUGGGGAAGGAACAACUUGGAUUUGUGGUUCUUGGUGAUACAGUCUGUAUUUAAGGAAUGUUAAAAUGCCAAAACCUAGAUAAUUUUAAUAAAGUUGGACUUCCCAAAUGCCCACUGUA